UUGGUAUCGUGACGACACAGCAUGAACAUAAUGUACCGUACUAGACAUACCGCUCGGUCGCAAAAGUUGCUUUUGUUUUAGGCGUAAUUUUAGUGAUUGUGCUCCGCGUUGAUUUCAAAAUACACUUAACAAUAUAGCCAUGUUAUAAGCGAUCGUAUGCAGUCUACGCGCUCUGCGCAGCAGACGACAAGAAUUGUAAAACUUAAAGUCAUAACAAAACAAUAUACCAUAGUUAUCACGUUUAUCCAUCUAAUUACUGCUCAAUUCGAAUGAGAGUCAAAUCUCACUCUAUAGAUUAAAAGCAACAUGAAAGAUGCUGAAGAUGAUUUCUGUAAAAGAAUGCGAAAAGCUACUAGACAGGUUCAUGCAAUCAGUGAUGCACUUGUAAAUGCGAAAUUAGCGCUAGGACUAUCAGAUAAUCAAGUGUGGGCUGAUGGGUUAUUAGUCUUUUAUGAAAUUUUUAAAUUUAUGGAAGAAGCUAUGUUCAGACUAAAAGAUUCUCCUGUUGGGCUUAUGUAUGUAAAAGGACUUGAACGCACUGAGGCUUUUGAAAAAGAUUUAGAGUAUUACUUAGGCAAAGAUUGGAAAAAAACAUAUCAAUCAAGGAAAAGCGUAACUGAUUAUUUGAAAAAACUGCAAGAAGUAGAGCGUUCUGAUUCGAUACUUUUGAUUGCCUAUAUUUAUCAUCUGUAUAUGGGUCUCUUAAGUGGUGGAAUGAUUUUACGUAAGAAAAUGAUUCUAAAAAAUAACUUAUUUGGAUCUUCCAAUUUUCAAAACGGUUACAAUAUAACAGAGUUUGAAGGAACAACUGUUCAUCAAUUGAAAACACAUUUACGUUUUACCAUAAAUAAAAUUGUUUCAGUAUUAAGUGAAGAAAAGAAAGAAGAACUGAUUAAAGAAAGCAAAACUGUUUUUGAACUAAAUAAUAAAAUCAUAAAAAGCAUUAAAAUUCCAUAUGAUGCUAUUAUAAAAAGUGUACCUGUUAUUGUUUUUGUAGUUGCUUUAAUGAUUGUAAUAAUGCUGCAAAUACUACGGUAAAACAAUAAUUUUUGACAAGUAAAUGUAUAAUUGUUACAUGUAUAUAUUGAAAUUUUAUUUUUAAAAUAAAAAGUACAUUUAUAAUUUACUUCAAAGCUAAUAAUCAUGUAAAUAGGCAAAUUUAUUAAAUUUAAGUCUAUGCAAAAUAAAUGAUGAGUAUAUUAUUCAC